AUGCCUUUCAUACCACAUACCCCCGAGUCUCUCCUUCCUCGAUCCGAUUCCAAGAAUCCCGCGUUUACAUGUGGAGGGCUCACUUCAAAUGGACGACCAUGCCGAAGAGCACUUUCUCGGACACCACAAUCCUCACCGAGUCCAAGUCCGCGACCAUCGAGCGCAGAAGCGUUCUGCUGGCAGCAUAGAGGUCAGGCAUCAAUAGAUAUACCCUCUCCACAGAGGCCGGGGGCAAUUCGAGAACGGUCAAGCAUUGAUACAUUAGUUGAUAGAUUGAAUUUGCUAGAGGUUCAAGAGAAGAAGGGGACACGCCGCACAUCUCAGCCUGGAGCAGAGAAGAAUCCAAAGACUCGAACAGAAAAACGGCGGCCUGAUGAGCAACGGAAACCACAUCCGAAGCAGAGCAGUCUUGCGCCAUUCUGCUGCUUCGCAACCCCGCCUGAGAAUACAAAAGCACCCAGGCCCGUUAAGAGCAAUGGCGGGCCUCCGCAGAAACGCUCCACCAUACCAACAAACGUCCAGCAUAAACAGAGACUACAUCGACCAUCAAUUGCCCGAGACCCCUCCUCCCGAACAGGAGAACUCAUGUCGCUCAUACCCCCAUCAACUCCUCCCCAGACCGCCAGUCUACUCCUUGCCGAGCUAGCCAAACCGUUUUCCGAACUCGACGAUGAAGGCUAUAUAUACAUGUUCUGGCUUACACCUGAAGCUCUCCCAGCAGAACCUCCUUCCAGAGCAGCUUCUACUCUGCUCGCACCUCCAUCGAGACCCAUCCCCGGCCACAGACGAACUUCAGAUGUCCUCAACACCUUCGCCUCGACAGUCCCCAAUAGUUCGAACAAGAAAACAAUGCUCCUAAAAAUUGGCAGAGCGCAGAACGUACAGCGGCGGCUGAAUCAAUGGACACGGCAAUGCGGCUACAAUGUGUCACUCAUCCGCUACUAUCCCUACGACCCGAGUCCCUCAGGCACGAGUGUGAAUGAGCUGCCGAGAACGCCGAGGAAGGUCCCGAAUGUCAAUAGGGUGGAAAGGCUGAUUCAUAUUGAGCUGGCUGGAAAAAAGGCACAAAGUAGCGGUAAAUGCGGGACGUGUGGCAAAGAACAUCGAGAGUGGUUCGAGGUCGAUGCGAGUCGAGAUGGCGUUGCAGCUGUCGAUGAGAUUAUCCGAAGAUGGGCAGACUGGGUGGAGAGAGAGACUUCAAGAUGA